AUGGCCACAGCCGCCGCGUCGUCCGGCGACGACUUGAGGAAGGAGUUGACCUGCGCCAUUUGCCUGGAUUUCUACACGGACCCCGUCAUCCUCAAGUGCGGACACAAUUUCUGCCGCUUCUGCAUCUGCAUGCACUGGGACGAAAAUGGCGGCGACUACGGUUACCAGUGUCCACAGUGUCGAACCGUGUUCAACAAAAGGACCUUCACCAAGAACUACCUGGUUCAGAACCUGGUGGCCAAGAUGGACGACCUGGAGUGCCUGGGUUCGGUCGCGUCCCCCGCCGGACCGCUCAAGAUGGACGGCGAGUGCCGGCUGCACGGCGAAGAGCUCAAGUUGUACUGCCAGACGGACAAAGAAGCCAUCUGCGUGGUGUGCCGGGAGUCCCGCGUGCACAGACAUCACGAGGUGGCUCCGGUCUCGGAAGUGGCCCACGACAUGAAGGUGGAGUUGCAUCUGCGUCUGAUGGACCUGAACCGUCACAGGUCUCAGUGCUUGCGAGUCAUCGCGGCCGACGAGCGCACCAAAAACGAAGUCAGGAUGAAGAAGCAGCGUUUGAAAGACAAAGUGGAGGCGGACGUGGGCGCCUUGGUGCAGUUCCUGCUGGACGAGCGAGACUCUCUGCUGGACAGCCUGGACGCCGAGGAGGCGGCGGCCGUGGCCGCGCUGGACGACAACCUCGACGCCGUCAAGGCCGAGGCGGCCGCCGCCGAACGCCGCCUCGCCGACGUCCGCGCGCACGUCGGUGGGGAGACCACCUUUCAGAGCCUGGCCGAGACCUUCAACGAGGUGGUGCACGGGAAGCCGUUCCCCGAGGUGGAGCCGGAGGACAGUCCCACCGAGUUCACCGAUUUCUCGGGGCCCUUCCAGCUCAUCAUGUGGAAGAAGAUGAUGCACGUGCUACACACCAUGCCGCAGAACCUGACGUUGGACCCGGACACGGCGCACCCCAACCUGCUGAUCUCGGACUACGACACCAAGGUGGAGGAGGUGCGCUCGCGCAACCCCCAGGAGCCCGACCUGCCGGACCGCUUCACGCGUUUCUGCGGCGUGCUGGCCACGGCGCAGUACUGCGGCGGCCAGCACUACUGGGAGGUGGACGUGCGCGACAAGGGCGUGUGGUACCUGGGCGUGACCGCCCAGGGCAGCAAGCGCAAGGGCUUCGUCAGCCUGACGCCGGCCGCCGGCUACUGGAGCCUGUGCCUGCAGGACCGCCUGUACGCCAACGGCGUCGACGGCCGCGUGCCGGUGGCCGACUACUGGAACUCCCCGCGCGUGGGCGUCUACCUGGACUACGACCGCGGCCUGCUCAGCUUCUACGACGCCGUCACCAUGAAGCUCCUCUACGUCUUCGACACCUGCUUCCACCGACCCGUCUACCCCUUCUUCAGCCCCGGCAAGAACGACCCGGGCAGCCGUCUGCGCAUCUGCCACUACUACUGA